AUGGAGCUCCGCAUUCAACAAAAUAUGGCCCGGGCUCCCACCAUUGUAACGUUGGACGUGGGCGGUACGAUUUUCAAGACCUCCAAAGACACGUUGGUGCGCGUGAAAGGCAGCUACUUUCACGUGCUGCUCGGGUCUGGACUGUGGACCCCCGACAGUGGCGGUGACGCGUACUUCUUGGACCUGGACCCGACGCUCUUUCGUUGCGCGCUCAUGUUCAUGCGCACGGGCACGACCAUGUCGACGGACGGAUUGACGACAAUUGAACGGCAUGAGUUCCAUGCCAUGAUGGAGUAUUUGAACUUGACCGAAGCGCCGACACAGUUGUUCGAAUGGAAUCCCAACACACACGCUAAGGAGAUGGCCUUGUCAAAUGCGAAUCGCACGGUGGAGCGAAUGUCGUUAAACAACGGCUACUUCAAGGCCGCCGUAGCCAACGCGGCCCUGGUGGACCGCAUUCGAGUGCGCGUGGAUGUUUGCAGUGGGAGUUUUGGGGUCGGUGUUGGCCCUGCGGCGGGGUUUGAUGUGUCGACGAGCAAAUCAACAACCCAAUGCUACCGCUAUUGGUCGCACGGCGAAGUGUUCAAAAAAGGCCCCGAAGCAAUCGUUACGCUUGCAAAAAUCCAAGCCGGCGACGUCGUGACCAUUCGCCUGGCUCCGUCGCAUGUUGAAUUCGCACUCAACGAUGGACCUCCAGUGAACCUUGCGCUGGAGGACCCGACCGAGGAAUCAUUGUUUCCUUUGGUUUUCAUGUCCGAACUAGGAACCAAACUUACUAUUCUUUACUAGUCAAGCAUGUACUGGUAGGUAGGUAGGCUGCACUGUUGAUUCGCAUGAUCAACAGGUUGUACCAAUGCUCCUACUAACGUUACGUAAGUACUUGACUCAGAAUGGAGCAAUUUAGUACACACACUGUACUACUAUG